AAGAUCUCUGUUCCCACCUGUCAUGCCUUAGAAGGAAGAAUUGUUGGGCUGUUAUGCUAAACAGUUACAGGAUCACCGCGGAGAAAUGGACGAAAAAAUCAAGCAAAGAAAGAAUUUUUGGAGAGAAGGCGAGAGGUUCUUAGCGGCGAAUGAUCGAUCAAGCUAGCGUUAAGUAGUUUAAAAAUCUCACCAAAAAAAUUCCAAAAAAAAGCUUUAGUGCUUUUUUUUUCUCGCUCUCCAGGCUAGAGUGUAGCUAAUAAGCGUAACAGCUUCUUUGUGUCAGUGGUGGUAGUGUAGUAGUGGUGCCCAAAGCUUUUUUUUUCCCUAAAAUCACACAAGGGAGAGAAUGGAGGAGGAGAGGCGAGAGUAGAAAGAGCUUUCUUUCUUUCCUUUGUUUCUAUCAUCUUUGUGGAGGAAGCGUGAGCUUUAAGCUCACAGAAAGGAGGAAUCGAUCAAUCGAGAGGAGCAAGAGAACCAACAAAGCGUAGAGAAGAAAGAAGAAGAAGAAGAAGAAGAAGAAGAAAGAAGAAGUGGUUUUUGGGGGUUUUGGGAGGAGAUUAGCGUUGUCCGGGAGCUACUUGUCAGCUUGCUGCUCGAGCUCGCUUCAUUGGGUCUCUCCCUUCUUAUAUUCUUUUCCUCCCUCGCUAUACUUGCCAAUCGAUUCCAUCGAUUUGCGAGGAGCCACUGUUGUGGGCGGCUCCAAUUCGGGCGCCUCGCCUUGUGGGCGGCUCUCGAUUCGGCGCCUCUUGGAUUGGAUGAGCUGCAUUCCUGUGCCCAGCUGCGAAUUCCAGCCGCAGGCCAUCGCCCACCAAUCGAUCGAGGAGAUAUUCCCCUUCGUCCUUCUCUUCUCUCUCUUCUCUCAUCGUCACCACCACUACCACCACCGCCACCACCACCACGCGCUGGGACGCGCGACUUCGUCAAAGCCAGUCGCUGAAAACUUCUAUGCCGUGGUGGAGUGACUCUUCGCCUCGAUCGUCUCCCAUCGCCGUGUCCUCUUGAUCGAAACAAGUCGAGCGUGAGUGACCGUGUGUGUGUGUGUGUGAGAGAGAGAGAGAGAGAGCUCUAGCGAGAACUUCUUCUUCCUUACCUAACAAGGUUUCUUCCGUGUGAGCGAAUUCCAUCGCCCAAUUCCUUGCCGAAUUGGGCGCCUGGGAAUUCGAGAGAGGAAAGGAGCGCUAGCGGUGGGCGAGAGCGCGCGGCGCUCGGGUUUUGCGGGGUUUAUCGCGGUCGCCAUAGCGCAGCUUUGGAGGUAAAUGGAGGUACUGAGCAGCAGGCACGCCAAUUUCAUCGAUCUCGACUGUAGCUUCAAGCUCGGGGUGGAGGUUUUCCGCGUGGACGAUCUCCUCGACUUCACCAACGAGGAGAUUUCCGGCCCCAUUGCCAACUUUAGCAGCAGCAAGAACGCUUCCACUGUUACCACUUCCUCGGCCGCCAUCGCCAAAAGCUCCGCCACCAUCGCCAAGGUGGAAGAAGGCGAUGAAGAAGAGGAUGGUCUGGUCAAUGCCGCGGCGGCGGCGGCGGAGGAAGGAGGCGAUCGGCAGCACAAGGAGGAGGACGAGGAGGAGCUCGAUCCGGGGGAAUUAGAAAUCGCGGACUUGGACGUCGGGAGCAAGGAGGAGCUGGAGCUCAUCGGCAUGCAUUGUGACGAGAUCCCGGAGCUUGGAUGGCUCACGAACUUCGUGGACGACUCGUCGUCGAUCGAGGACGCGGUCCACGCCGCCGCCGCGGAGGAGGCCAAGUUCUCGCCAUCGCCGGCGUCCACUUAUCCGUUCAAGAGCUCGCUGCGCGACCACCACCACCACAGUUCUUACGUGAUCCCGGCCUCGUCCGAGCCGGCGCAGCUCGAGUCGAGCUCCACCACCGCGUCUUGGAUCACCGAUGAUCACAACAAAGCUUCUUAUAACGCCGGGAUUGCGCACCACCGCCGCCACCUUGAGCAGCAGCAGGAUCGUCAGCCUCGCUCCAAGCGAUCGAGGACUAAGGCUUGGGCGACGACCACGUCCUCGGUGCCUCCUCGAGCUCCAAGCAGCUCGAAUUGUACCACGGCGAGCGAGGAUGAGGAGGAGGAGGAGGAAGAGGAGGAAGAAGAGGAGGAGGAGGAGGAGGACGAUGACAACAACUCAAACUUCUCCACCGACGAUGAGCUCGAUGGCUCGUCGUCGCUGCUGGACGACGAGACGACGACGAGCAACAACCGGAAGAAGAUCCACUGCUGCUCCUCGUCCUUCUCGGCGGACAGCGGCCGCUUCUACAGCCUCCACGACGACGACUACGAGCUGGAGCUCAAGAACUCGCGCCGCCCGCCAAAGAAGAAGUCCAAGACCAACAACAGCAACAGCGCCGCCACCACCUCGGGCAAGAACAGUGGCAUUACCGGCACUUCCAAGAACUUUGGAGGGGGUGGCGGCGGGAGCGCGGCGGCCAAGAGGGGCCUUCCGGAUCCCAAUCAGCCACUCCAAAAGUGCCUCCACUGUGGGAGCCAGAAGACCCCGCAGUGGAGGACGGGGCCACUGGGACCAAAGACGCUGUGCAAUGCUUGUGGCGUGAGGUUUAAGUCCGGGAGAUUGUUCCCGGAGUAUAGGCCGGCGGCGAGCCCGAGCUUCGUGCCGCAAAAGCACUCCAAUUCUCACAAGAAGGUGCUGGAGAUGCGCCGCCAAAGGGAGCCAACCGCGACCGCUACCACGACUGGUACCGCGACUGUUACCGCGACUGCUACCACGACUACGGAUGAUGACGAAGAGGAAGAAGGCCGACGAUUUUGAGAGCGAGCGAGUUUGCUUCUUUGCAAGGUAUCUCUUUGUUUCUUUGUUUCUUUAGAGCUGGAGAGAUCUUAGUAGUUUUCUAGAGUUUUUAGUUCUCUUAUUGGAGGAGAAAGUGAGAGAGUGUUAGGCCAGUUUUGGGAUCUUUUGUGUCAUUCGUUUUCAUUCAUUCAUUCGUUUCUUGGUGGGAA